AUGAGAAGCCGCUGCACUGCAACAACAGACACAGUCUGUGCCCCUUGUCAAGACGAGUACUUCAGUAGUGAGCACAACCAUAACUUCUGCAAGAGCUGUACGAUCUGCAACACUAGGAAGGGAAGUGUGGAAGUGAAGAAGUGUGAGAAGACCUCUGACAGAAUUUGCAUGUGUGUGGCAGGUUACAUGCCAGAUGCCAGAUACACACUGGGAAGUGUAUGCUCACUGUGUCCUGAAGGGACUUACUCCACAGGAGGAAAUGAGAACUGUCAACCUUGGACCAACUGCAGCAUUCUUGGGAAAAAUACUCUUCGACCAGGAACAAAAACAGAUGAUGCUGUUUGCAGCAACCAUGUCACAGAGCCAGCUACACCUGAGAGUGCAACACCUGCUUUGAAUCUUUCCACCAGCGACAAGAAGGAUAACGUAUCGACUGCAGUGUUCUCGCCGUCCAGACCCAGUGUGAUUCCUUUCAUAUGCUCGGACAUGAACAGCCCCACAGAGACUAACUGGGGGUCUUUAUUUCUUAUCCUUAUUUGCCUGAUACUGCUCAUGGUGAGUGGGAUGUCCAUCCUCCUGUUGAUUAUCCAAGCAGCCAAAAAACAGACCAAGAAGAGGCCUUGUAAAAACAACCAUCAGGAAAGGAGCUUUCGAAUUCCUAUCCAGGAAGAACAAAUUGACUCCAAUUCUAGUCUCAUCAAAAACUAA